UCAGCUGCGUUUUGAAAGUAGCUAACAUACACGGUCUGUACUAGGUGGAGUGUCACUGUCAAGUGGAUACUCUACUCUCCGAGGCCUUCGAUUUAAACUUUACAGUGCUUACAGCAACCAACAUUAAAGUUAACUAGCUAGGUAACUACGUAGACCAGCUUUUGUAUUCGCUAUGAAUCCUGAUAUCCGCAGAGAACGGGAAAAUGCUACUUUCAGCACUGAGAUACUUACAAACAUUCUAGAUGGUGGUCCUGAGAAAACUAAAAGGAGGAGAGAGAUCGAGUCCUUAGUUAUCAGUGACCCAGACUUUCAACAUGAGGACCUCAACUUCCUGUCCCGCAGUGAGCGGUAUGAGGCAGCCGUGAAGAAGAGUGCACAGAUGAUCUUGAAGUUGAGAGAGUAUGGCAUCUCUGACCCAGAGGAGAUAUACUGCUACAAGAGUGUCAUGAAAGGGCUUCACCAUGAGGCCCUGGGUCUCCACUACGUCAUGUUCUUGCCCACCCUGUACAGCCAGUGUGACGCAGAGCAGCGCAGAAAGUGGCUCCCUCUGGCAGAGUCCUUCAAGGCCCUGGGCACCUACGCCCAGACAGAAAUGGGGCACGGGACCCAUAUUCGCGCCCUGGAGACCACCGCCACCUAUGACCCGUCCACCCAGGAGUUUGUGCUGAACAGUCCCACGGUCACUUCCAUUAAGUGGUGGCCAGGAGGAUUGGGGAAGACCUCCAACCAUGCCAUAGUCCUGGCACAGCUGCACACCCAGGGGAAGUGUCAUGGACUGCAUGCUUUUAUUGUGCCCAUCCGCGAUAUGAACACUCACAUGCCCCUGCCAGGAGUGGUGGUGGGUGAUAUUGGACCCAAAUUUGGCUUUGACGAGGUUGACAACGGUUACCUGAAGCUGGAUAACGUCCGAAUCCCACGGGAAAACAUGCUCAUGAAAUAUGCAAAGGUGGAGCCGGAUGGGACCUACGUGAAGCCUCCGAGUGACAAGCUGACCUACGGCACCAUGGUGUUCAUCCGUUCCAUGAUCGUGGGGGAGUCGGCACGCGCCCUGGCCAAAUCCUGCACUAUCGCCAUCCGCUACAGCGCCGUCCGCCACCAGUCGGAGCUGCGGCCAGGUGAGCCUGAGCCACAGAUCCUGGACUACCAGACCCAGCAGUAUAAGCUCUUCCCUCUGCUGGCCACUUCCUAUGCCUUCCACUUUGUGGGCCAGUACAUGAACCAGACGUACCACCGCAUCACCGGAGACAUCAACCAGGGUGACCUGAGCGAGCUACCCGAGCUGCACGCGCUGUCGGCGGGCCUGAAGGCCUUCACCACGUGGGCGGCCAGUGCGGGGAUUGAGGUGUGUCGCAUGGCCUGCGGGGGCCACGGCUACUCCCGCUGCAGCAGCCUGCCGGACAUCUACGUCACCUUCACGCCCACCUGCACCUACGAGGGCGAGAACACGGUCAUGAUGCUGCAGACGGCCAGAUACCUGGUGAAGAGCUACAAGCAGGCCAGCGCAGGUCAGCAGCUGAGUGGCAUGGUGUCCUACCUGAACAGGCCUGAGAGCAGACUGCAGCCCCAGCCCGUCUCUGCUCGCCCCACUGUGGUCGACACCAGUGACCUCGCCAGCCUGGUGGAGGCCUACAAACUUCGGGCUGCCAGGCUGGUUGAAGUUGCGGCCAAGAACCUGCAGGUGGAAUUGCAGCACAGCAAGAGCAAGGAGGACGCCUGGAACAACACCUCUAUCGACCUGGUCAGAGCAUCCGAUGCGCACUGUCAUUAUGUGGUGGUGAAGUUGUUUGCAGCCAAGCUGGGGGAGGUGGGAGACACAGCAGUGCACUCUGCUCUCAGCACUCUGGCUCUGCUCUACGCUUUGCAAGGGGUCACCCAGCACUCUGGGGACUUUCUACAGGCUGGCCUGCUGACUGUGCCCCAGCUCUCUCAGAUCUCCCAGCGUCUGAAAGAGCUCCUCGCCCAGCUGCGGCCCAACGCCGUGGCUCUGGUGGACGCCUUUGACUACCGCGACGAGAUGCUCAACUCCGUCCUGGGCCGCUAUGAUGGCAACGUCUAUGAGCACAUGUUCGAGUGGGCCAGGAAGUCCCCUCUCAACCGCACAGAGGUUCAUGAGUCCUACCACAAGUACCUGAAGCCCCUGCAGUCAAAGCUGUGAGAUGCUGACGGUUUACUUCCAGGCAUCCAUCCAAUUACAGCAGCACACUAACAAAACUAAUUCUGAAAUCACAAACUUUCUUUAAGCUACUGCUGCCCCCACUGACCUGAGGUGCCAGCAUACCUUACUUGCAAAUAAUCUUUCUCUGUUUGUGUCCCUGAAGGAAGUGGUACGAUAUACAUUACAGGUGGCUGCAGGGGCCGUGCAGGAGUUAAACAGUGACGCAAUGGAUAUUACUCAUAUUUUCACAUUUCCUGGCUGACUGUUGUAAUUGUGCUGCUUUCAGCUAUUUUGUUUGGACUUGAUAAUAUGUAAUUAUCCUGACCAUCCUGAACAUGGCCAGUUUUUUUUUUUUUUUUGGUUGCUAACUUUCAAUACGUUCCACUUUCCUUUAAGUGAAUGUGAGUGCGCAAGAGACAAUGAGUGAUUGCAGGACGUGAGUGGUUAUGGUACGGUAGAGCCUGGUCUUUUAGACACGAAUGACAAGAAUAAAGAAUACAAUUAGGGUAAUUGACGUUGCAGGUGCACAAAGUGUUGGGAACUUUGAGGGAUUUCUUUUACCCGGAAUGAAAGUGUUGUUUCUGAUCCAUCUUAAAUGACUUAAAAUUCGUCCCUGUGGCAGAGUUCUGGAAUGUUACGGAUUCUCGCUUGUGGUCCAUGUAACAUCACAUUUGCUCUUGAUUAUCAUCAUAUUUAUGAUUCAGAUGAUUUGUGAUCCCAAUUAAAAACUAAAUUAUUUGCCUUUAUUUUAGAAUAUUGGAUACUAAAGUAUGGCAGUGGUGUAAAUUUGAAUGAAAAUCUAGAGUGAUGGGUGUGCCUUGAACAUACAAGUAGCAUUACGGGUGCAAACGUAAUGCUGAAUCAAGAUGUCGCUGUAUUCUGUGGACACCACAGCACGAAACCGGAAAUAUGUCCUAAUAAAUGCCUUGCACACAGUAGAGAUAUGGUGCAGUGGGUUUCACAAACCCAUUCAGACAAGUCUUUCAAUCCUAACUAUAGAUGAGAAACAGUGAAAAUCCAGCCCAUCUCUUCAUUUAAUCUAAACGAUAUGAUGUAGUAGGAAGUUACACAUGGCAGUGCCUGUUGGUCAUCAUUGUAUUCAAAAUAUGAAUCUAAACCUUACAAUCAAUGUUGAGGUUCUCUUUAAACUUGAUUAUGGCUACUUUUUUCUGUAGUUUCAGAACAGGUUUUGUAGCACAACAUGUAUAAUCUAGUUAGGUGAAGCAGGGAUCUUGCUCAUGUACUGUGAACCCAGUAUCAUAGUGGAGACUUUACAACCAAAUGACCAUGCAGACUAACCAGCUGCUUUUGAUUAUUUUUUGGGGUGAGUGAUUGUUUAGAAAAAAAAUCAAAUGCUGUCAGAUGCUGGGAGGUUGAACAAGUGAUUUAUGUUUGUCUGUCAAAACUCUGAAUCUGAGAAACACUGUGUGUUCAUUUCUGUCCUUUUGUUCUCAGACGUUAUCCGUUAAAUUGCUCGAGAGGUUUAAUCAGUAAUGUUUAUGUUCUCCAGCGUUCUGACUAUUCCAAUUCAUCUGCUACCGAUUCUCCAGUUGUGGUCUGUAGAAUGAAUGAUAAUGGGAUAGUAUAGAAUGAAAAUCCAGAGACAUUGUAUUUACAGAAUUAAUUUUAACUGUUGUACUG